GUAAGUAGGGGUCACGAUCGCGCGUUCGUCGGCUUCGCCGCGCAGCAGAUCGCAGCCAGAACACCACCAGCACCAGCCAUCCGAAGUCCAAGCCGGUCGUUGACUCCUCCGCGCGCGCCGCGUUCGUCUCCGUACACCGCGGUCGAAAACACACGUCGCCGCCGCCGCCGCCGCCGCCAUCGUUUACCGCUGUGAGCACGUCACCGUGUUACGCGUCGUACGCGGAAAAAAAAAAAAAUAGAAAAACGAACACACCUGUGGUACGCGGUCCCGGUGUUGUGCACCGCUCGCCGUCUCAUCGCUACAUCGUCGCCCACACUGCGGCCACCGCUUCUUCAAUACGCUGUCGGCCAUCGCACGGAGAGCACGCUCGCGACACCGGAACAGCAGCAGCACCAUCAGCAGCAGCACGACGCGCACGCUGCAGUACUGUAGGCACCAAACGCGCGCGUUACGUGCCAUGACCGCUUGCCGUCGUCCAGCCGACCACCGCUCGUAACCGCGGCCCCGUCGACACCGACACCCCGCACGUGUGCGUUUUCGCGCAACAACUCCCCGACCGGCGCACCGCUGCCGACACGUCCAGCCGGAAAGCCCGCCGCACCACCAUGACCGUGGCCACAGCCGCUGAUCACCGGUCGCCGUCGUUCAAGAUAUUACGGCUGAUUUAUGUACUAUCUUUAUGCAAGUGCACGUGGGCCGGACUUUGUGGUGGAAAUGGUGAAACAUUGAAAUACUUGCGGGGUGACGCUCUUACCGAUAACCUGGAUUGUAUUGGUCCCAAUGGUAAACCUUAUCCAGAGUCAAUAGUAGCUGGCACAUACAGACGUACACACAACUGGGGUUCAUCUAGAACAGGGCGCGAUGCUUUCCACGCUGAUUCUAAACCUAGCCCCGAAACAGUGCGGGAGACACUUUUAAAAACUUACAAAUACAAUAAUCACAAUGAAGAAUACACUAUUAGUAGAACUGCCCGAGACUAUGGAUCAACACCGGCUAACCGCGAACUGUGUCAGUCGCCAAACAGACUGUGUCGUACAAGAUACAAUACAACUGCACCCAUGUAUGGUGUCUCACUAACAUCUGGUCAACCCGUGACUAUUGUUCAAAAAUUCCCCGAUCUGUUACAACAAGUAGUUUAUGAAGUUUGCGAAUCUAACGAAUGCGACGUAGUGAGGGGAGAAUGUACACAAACCUACGUACCAUACCUAUUUCUAGUAAUACCUUUGGGACCAGUAACGCUGACCGGCCAAGAUUACGUUUUAGUAGAAAGCGGAUGUGUGUGCAAACCAAAGGGUUCCAAGGCGACUGCCCACGAACUAGUAUCUACCAUUCCAGCAAUGCCUCAUCCGUAAUUAUUUUCAUCCGAUCACUGAAGAAUUGCCGUUGAGAUAUCAAAAAAGAAAAAAUACACGUCACAAUCUUACUGUUUAAUAAUUGUACUGUAUACGUAAUAUUAUAUAUAGAGAAUCUUAUAUGUGCAGUACAAUUAAACUGUUGUACGUCAUGAGAAUCAUUCAAAAAGCGAACACUUAUGUGUUGUUCAUCCAGUGAAAUAGUAUAAAUGUUUAAAUUUAUCUCUUCGAUGUUAACAUACAACGUAUUGAUUAAAAAACGAUAAAUGAUAUGACUUUAAUGCUCAA